GCUCACCUGUUAUAACCGAAGCCCAAACAGCUCUACAUCGGCAUGCGUGCCCAAUAAGAAUCAAAUCCUAAUAUAGAACAAUUAAAUAUAUAUUAACAAAAGCCUCAAACAUUUGCGGAGAAAAAUGAAGACUGAGAGAUAGGUAGAGAGGCGGCCGUUGCGAAAAAGCUUGGCGGGGGAGUCACUUCCUGUUCUCUUUGAAGGUCGGAGAAAGAGCGUAAAAAGCCACAAGGAAAAGAAACGCGUUACGUUAUUUGCAUUAAAACAUGCCGUUUUAUAUAUGUACUUAGUCGCCGAGUCGUCUCUGAUCUCUCCAUCAACUUACUGCUUCUAGGGUUUCUCCCUUUUUUUAUUGUAUUUCUUAUUCGUAUUCAAGAGCCAUGCCAACAUUUACAGCUAUAUCUUUUGAUAGGCUGAUAGAACCUAGAGAGUCCAAAUCUGUAGACAUGCCAGUUCCCAAUUCAAAGCCUUCAAUUAAAUCAAAACCUGCUCCUCAUCCAAAUUCAGAGUUGGGGAGGAGAAAUGGUGCUUCUGUGGACAUUGGAAGGAAAGUAAAUCGUCCUCCAAUAACACCAGCACUCUACACAACUCCUGAGCCAACUCCCCUUCCUGAUUCACCAACUUCGUUCCCUCCAUCACCUUAUAUCAUCAAUCACAAGCGGCGUGGGCCACGGCUAGUGAAGAGUUUCUCACAGGUGGAUGGGGCCUUGUCCGAAAAAUCAAAAGAUGAAGGAAAGGUCAUUGAGAAUGCUACAAAAAAUACUGAAACAAAGAGUGUUGGGCUAACCAAUUGUGCUUCUGUCUCCUUCAUGAUACCUGGACCAGUUGAAGGGGAACACAAGAGUAAUGUCCAGAAUAGUCCUGCAAAUGAACUUAUGAAUGGUUUCCAUCAUGGUCCUACAGAAAAGGAGCAUGUGAAUGGUGUGCAUGCUGGUGAGCCUGGAAGCAGUGAUAGGCAAUUUGAGAGCAGUAACAGUGGACUCCGAAGCAGCAGUUUGAGUAAUGCUUUGCCUGGGAAAAGUGAUUUGCCAAAGCAUAUUAGAUUCAAGAUAGAGAGUAAUAGUGACUGUGAAGAGUUUUUCGAUCCAAAGGAAUCAAUGAGUGUGGCAAGUAGCUCAGAUGGAGAAGAUAAUACCUGGGUGGAAAGUUCUGCAAAGUUUUUUACUCCAAAGGGAGAGUUUCAUGAUGUUUGGGAAGAGUUAUCAUCUGAGGAUGGGUCACAGUCUUCUCCUCUGGAUUUUGAGACUGAACUGUGUGAAAUAAGAUUGAGUUUACUCAUGGAAUUAGAGAAGAGAAAGCAAGCAGAAGAAGCUCUGAAUGAUGUGCAAAGUCAGUGGCAGAAGGUUAGGGAACAGUUGGCUCAUGCAGGAUUGACUCUGCCUGCAGAUCCCACCAUUGCGGGGAAGGAUGGGCAAUUGAAUAUCAAUAUUGCAGAAGAGCUUUCCCAACAAUUUCACCUUGCUCGAUUUGUAUCAGAAUCUAUUGGGAGGGGCAUUGCAAAGGCUGAGAUGGAGGCAGAAAUGGAAGCUCAGAUUGAAGCAAAGAACUUUGAGAUUGCCCGAUUGUGGGAUCGGCUUCACUAUUACGAGGCAAUGAAUCAAGAAAUGUCGCAGAGGAACCAGGAAGCCGUAGAGAUGGCACGGCGAAAUAGACAGAGAAGGAAAAGAAAGCAGAGAUGGGUUUGGGGUUCAAUUGCUGCUGCAAUUACCCUUGGCACUGCAGCCUUAGUAGGGUCUUAUCUCCUAACAGGGAAAGAAUCAACUAGCAGUGAUCCUGGUGCAUCUGAGCAUGAUGAUGCAGCCCCGCACGAAGCUCCAAUGGAGCUAACUCAAAACAUUUGCUCAUUCCCUCGCAGUCUCUAUCCUCACUACAGUGUAAUCCCAACUGGGAAAACUCAAUUUCGACUGAAAAAGUUACAAAGGAGAAGUAGUUUCAGUUGUAGGAGCAUUAACCACUCAAGCCUUCUAUCAGCAGAGAAAGAUCAACGGCAACUUUGGAGUAGCCAACACCAACUUGAAUUAGAUGAAGAAGAAGUGUUUGAGGAGGAUGAUACGUCUUCCUUUCUGUCUCUUAAUGUGAAACCAGAGAGGAAUAUGGCGUUGCUUGACGACUAUGAGCUGGAAGAACUUGACGAUACCUCUGACCCUAACCAUAAAAGCGGGUAUGUGGCUGUACUUGGGAAGCCAAAUGUGGGUAAGAGUACGCUGGCCAACCAAAUGAUUGGUCAGAAGCUGUCAAUUGUUACGGAUAAGCCUCAAACGACUAGGCAUCGUAUUCUUGGUUUAUGCUCUGGUCCAGAGUAUCAGAUGAUACUUUAUGAUACCCCUGGUGUUAUUGAGAAGAAGCUGCACAAGUUGGAUUCUAUGAUGAUGAAGAAUGUUCGUAGUGCUGGGAUUAAUGCCGACUGUGUUGUAGUUCUCGUUGAUGCAUCUAAAGCUCCCCAUAAGAUUGAUCAAGUAUUAGAAGAAGGUGUAGGGGAGAUCAAAGAUAAGUUGCCUAUUUUGCUGGUAUUGAACAAGAAGGAUUUGAUCAAGCCUGGUGAAAUUGCAAAAAAGCUUGAGUGGUAUGAGAAAUUUACAGAUGUUGAUGAGGUCAUACCUGUAAGUGCAAAAUUUGGUCAUGCUGUUGAAGAUGUCAAAGAUUGGAUUUUAUCGAAACUUCCUGUUGGGCCAGCUUACUAUCCAAAGGACAUUGUUAGUGAGCACCCAGAAAGAUUCUUUGUAGCUGAGAUUGUUAGAGAAAAGAUCUUUAUGCAAUAUCGUGAUGAGGUCCCUUAUGCAUGUCAGGUGAAUGUUGUAAGCUACAAAACUAGGCCCACUGCCAAAGAUUUUAUACAGGUGGAGAUUGUCGUAGAGAAGAACACACAAAAGAUAAUCCUUAUAGGAAAAGGAGGUAAGGCUUUAAAACUACUGUCAACAGCUGCUCGGCUUGACAUUGAAGAUUUUUUACAGAAGAAAGUUUACCUUGAGAUUGAAGUUAAAGUAAAGGAGAAUUGGCGGCAAGACGAAGGGCUUUUGAAAUACUAUGGCUAUGGGGGAAAAAUUCGAGCUCUGUAAUAUGGAGUUUUGUCAGUUACAGAAUGCUCUCAAUUUUGAUUUGAGGUUGUUAGUUAAUAUAGAAAUAGAAUCAUCUUAUCAAA